GUCACACACAACACACGUUUCACAUGCUCAACCUUCCUGUGUCACACAAGAACCCCUCACACAGCCUGUUCUUCUGCCUUCGGUCAUGUCCACUCAGGUGUGCUGGCGGGCUCAAACUGAUACGUCUCUGGUGGCAUCACCCCCUCCCCCUCCCCCUUGUCCUUCGCCCACCAGUAGAACCCAGGCUCAUGCCCCCCUCCUUGUGGCUUGCGAGAGCGGAACUCUUCCCACAGGCCGGUCGUGUCGCUGUGCCGCGUCACGGCAUCGUGGAAGCACUUGGUCAUGGUGGCGCUGCUGAUGCCCUGGGUGAGCUCGUCUGUGUGGGACGGCCAGUCUUCGACAUUGUUAGCGAGGCCGGUUGUGCGGCUGAUGCGGUGGAAUACGUCGGUGAAGAGCUGCUCCAUCAUGGGCAUGUAUGACUGCAUGUCCUCUGAUGCAUGCAACACAAACAAGGAGGAGGCACAUGUGACGGGAGGGAGACAUACACACAGGUGGUUGUGUUGGUGUUUCUGACCACAGAGGUUGAGGAGCAGCCAGCAGAGCGCGAAUUUCUGCGCGCGUCUUUUCCACUGCCUGACGAACGGGCCGUCCUCCUUCGCUCCCUCUGCUGCUGCUGGUGGUGCUGCAGCCGAUGUGCCGUCAGGGUUGACCUGAGCCAUGGCAAAGAACUGCUGAUCCGCCCAGCUCGGUAACGCGCCUACACACACAUCCACACGUACAUGGCUGUGUGCUGCGCUUCAUAGGCUUUCCCGCCGUACUCUGUUCCUGCAUUGCGAGGCCUCUCCUGAACGACACAUACAGGCCCCCCACCAGCCCCCGGUCUCUCAUGAAGGUCGCCUCGCAGUUCAUCUGCCUGUCGCGCUCUCCCUGGCUCUUGCGCCAGGGGUACAGUCGAUAGUGAUGGAACAAAGGGAACAGACACACAGCGUCGAACUGGCCCCACGCCGUCACACACUGACCGCCCGCUGUCUUGAAGUCAAUCGGAUACUGUGAGGUGUCAGAGGGGUGGAACACGCGUCUGCCCGUGUUGCAGUCGACCACUUCGUUUUUCUGCAGGGAGCCCUGGCUGUCCCAUUGGUUGAUUUGGGAGAUGAAUGAGUGUGGGGUCAGCUCGUGGAGGUCGAUGAAGCGGUCGGCGUUGAGCAGGGCGUGGGUGAGCUUGUUCGGCUGGAAGGGCACCUUUUGUGUUGGGUCAGAGGGCCAGCCCUGCUGCUCGCCCACCGCACGAACGUGGCCAGUGCUAUCUGCAGGCAGACACAAAGAAAGAUGGAGCAAGCCUCUCGAUGAAUGUGUGCAUGGAGCUGCAGGCUCACGGCAUCGGGCGAAGAUGGCCUUGCAGACGACUAUCUUCUGCAUCUCCUCGGCAGUGAAGGUCUCCUCUGGCGGCCCCGUGCCCUGCUUCCAUCGAUAAGUGUUGCCAUCGGUCAGCAGGUCGGAGAACUUGUAGCUGCGCAUCUGCUCGGAGAUGGCCAGGCAUGUCCUCC